AUGAAGUUCUUUACCUUAGCUCUCGCAACUCUGCUAGCCCAGACGGUCACGAUCGCCCAGAGUUUAUGGUGGAACCAGCAGUCCAGCGGCUUCCGUCUUAUCCUCAAGUCAACCGACAAUGACCUCAAUGAUACCUUCUACCACAACGUAUCCUCCUACAACUACGACAACCAGGGUAUCCUCAACUGGCCCUUGAGUAUUUGGGGUCGCGACUAUCCCGCCUCGUCCGCAAUGCGCUUCGACUACGAAGCUGGAACCAAUCUCGUGGAAAUUAUGCUCGUGCCCUGGACCGACAUAUACCAACUGGUGUGGUUCGAAGAAGACAGCGCUAGCAUGUACAUUGCAAUCGACGAAGAUGAUACUGGCAAGGUCCGUGACUGGGUUGUUCCACCGAAACAGGUCAAGAAUUGGUACAUGUGUAAUUCGAGGUAUAGCAUUAAGUUGCGGACGCUGGCAUGGAAGAUAGGUUUUGUGGGCGAGCCGCAAAAUCCUACUUGUUCAAAGGUCGACGUAGUGAGGGUGUGGGUUUGA